AUGGAUAUGCGUCUUCCUGUCAUCUUUUUCCUUCUCUUUUGGGCUAAAGCCCGGACUCUGAAAAAUCUCAAUUAUUCCGUUCCAGAGGAGCAGGGACCUGGAACUGUUAUCGGAAACAUUGCUAAGGAUGCCGGAUUUGGACCGGUGGAGAGAGGGGAAAAAUCUAACUUUAGAGUUCUGGAGAAUUCUGCUCCACAUCUCAUUGAUGUGGACCCAGAGAGUGGGCUUCUUUUUACCAAACAGCGAAUUGACAGGGAGACAUUGUGCAGACGCAACCCCAAGUGUCAGCUCUCCAUGGAAGUGUUUGCCAACGACAAGGAAAUAUGCAUGAUCAAGAUUGAUGUAGUGGAUAUAAACGACAACUCGCCAGGUUUUCCCUCAGAUCACAUCAAUAUUGAUAUUUCAGAGAAUGCAGCUGCUGGGACACGUUUCCCUCUAACAAUUGCGCAUGACUCAGAUUCUGGGGGAAACGGAAUAAAGACUUAUCAGGUCACCAGAGAUGAUUACAAUACAUUUUCUUUGGACUUGAAAUUGAGGGGCGAGGGAACCAUCUAUCCUGAAUUGGUAGUUCAGCGACCUCUAGAUAGGGAGGAUCAGUCCCAUCAUACCCUCCUUUUGACAGCCAUUGAUGGAGGGGAGUAUCCAAGAUCAGGGUCCAUGCAAAUCAAUGUGAGAGUUACUGAUUCAAAUGAUAAUAGCCCAGUAUUUGACAAACCCGCCUAUGUGCUGGAGCUCCCUGAAAACUCACCACCUGGGAAAAUGCUGAUAGAUCUGAAUGCAACAGACCAAGAUGAGGGCAGCAAUGGACAGGUAGUCUAUUCUUUCAGUGGAUAUGCAUCUGAUAGAGUCCAGGAGUUGUUUUCUAUUGACCCCAACACAGGUGUAAUAAAGAUUCAGGGAGAAAUUGACUAUGAAGAGAAUCCAACCAUUGAAUUUGACGUGCAGGCCAAGGAUCUGGGGCCUAACCCCAUCCCUGGCCAUUGUAAGAUUUCAGUCAAAGUGCUUGACAAGAAUGAUAAUUGGCCUGUCAUAAGUUUUGUCUCAGUCCGUCAGGGAGCUAUCAGUGAGGCAGCGCCUCCAGAAUCUGUCAUCGCCCUGGUGAGAGUCACUGAUAAGGAUUCUGGGAGAAAUGGCCAGCUCCAAUGCAGAGUGCUUGGCAAUGUACCAUUCAGGCUGCAGGAAAACAAUGAUAAUUUUUACACUCUGCUCACAGACAGACCUCUAGACAGGGAACUGAAAGACGAAUAUAACGUGACUAUAGUGGCCAGAGACAACGGAAUACCUUCGUUGAAUUACACCAAAUCGUUCACAGUGAAAAUCUUAGAUGAGAAUGAUAAUGCACCACGUUUCACCAAGACCAUCUAUGUGCUCCAGGUGCCUGAGAACAACAUCCCAGGGGAGUACUUAGGCUCAGUUCUGGCUCAUGAUCCAGAUAUAGGUCGGAAUGGAACUGUGUCUUACUCCAUUUUGCCAUCGCACAUCGGAGACGUGUCAGUUUACACCUACGUGUCUGUCAAUCCUACCAACGGAGCCAUAUACGCCUCAAGGUCUUUCAACUACGAACAAACUAAGUUCUUUGAGUUCAAUGUUCAAGCUAAAGACGCAGGGUCUCCUCAUAUGGAGAGCAGUGCCACAGUCAGGGUCAGUGUGCUUGACGUCAAUGACAAUCUACCAGUUAUCGUAUUACCCCUCCUGCUAAAUGACACUGCAGAAAUCAUGAUCCCUAGAAAUGUAGGCCUGGGGUACAUAGUGACCACGGUAAGAGCAGUCGACCACGACUACGGCGAGAGUGGUCGUCUGACCUACGAGAUCUCUGAGGGUAACGAGGAGCACCUGUUUGAGAUGGACCCUGUGGCCGGCGAGGUCAGGACUGCCCAUGCUGUGUGGGAGGAUGUGGCCCCAGCUGUAGAGCUGGUAGUGAAGGUAACCGAUCACGGCAAGCCCCCACUUUCUGCUGUGGCCAAGCUGAUCAUUAAGGCCAGCACAGGAGCCAUGGCAGGAGGGGAGUCCAGGGCUAGCGGGGAGCAGCAGCACUGGGACUUGUCCCUGCCCCUCAUCGUCACCCUUUGCAUCAUCUCUGUCAUGCUGCUGGCUGUCAUGACUGCCAUCGCCGUUAAGUCCAAGCAUCAAGAUAAGGAGGCUGGGAAUUAUAAGUGCCGCAUGGCUGAGUACUCCAACUCCAAUCCCCCAGUGGGGAAGGGCAAGAAGAAAAGGAUCAACAAGAAUGAAAUCAUGCUGGUGCAGAGCGAGAUGGAGGAGAGGGACUCUGUGAGCAGGAUGAACGUGGUGAGCAGCCCGUCUCUCAUCACCUCACCUAUCUGUUUCGACUACCAGACGACCAGCCCCCUGCCUCUCACGCUGCCCAGGUCAGAGGUCAUGUACCUGAAAACCACCUCCAACAGCCUGACGGUGCCUCGGGCUGGCUGUCACUCAAGCUUCGCGGGGCUUACCACAGAGACUCCUAUGAAUAGAAUGUCAGUGAUACAGACGGAUAAUUUUCCCUCGGAGCCCAAUUAUACGUCCAACAGGCAGCCAUUUGCUCAAAGCAGCUCAACAUUUAAGGAUGCAGAGCGAGCGAGCCUCCGAGACAGUGGCCAUGGUGAUAGUGACCAGGCUGAUAGUGACCAGGAUACUAAUAAAGGCUCCCACUGCGACACGUCUGCCAGGGAGGCCAUCAAGAUGAAAGCCACAGCGGUUAAUGGCCAGCCUCUCGAGCAGGGUCCUGAACAAUCUGUUCACUGCACAGAUGAAUGUCGUGCACUGGGCCAUUCUGACAGAUGCUGGAUGCCAAAGUUACGUGUAGGAAGCCAAGCAGACAGCGACGAUAAUCGCACCAACCUUUUCAUCCCAGUGGGAAUGGAGGCCAUGGUGGAGACAGAGAUUUAUGGCAGCCUCAACCGCAGUGCAGCCAGAAGAACCCUCAGCACGUUCGGGAAGGAGCAGCGGGACAGCAUCAUCCUAGUAGCCAACGUCAAACCCUACUUAAAGUCUCAGCGCGGCCUCAGUCCCCUGCUGCAGGAGUGCUCCUCCGUGUCCAGCAGCCCCACCAAGGGGGACACACCCCUGGACUCCCCAACCAAAGGGCCCAGGGAGGAGAUGGGGAGGGUCGGGGAGGGGGGCUCAGACAGCAGUGCCUACGGACCCCCAGAUGGCCAGUGUUCACCACCCCAUACGGAACUGGAGGAUCCGUCGUACCUGUCCUGCGACCUCAGUCCCAAGUCCCUGUCCAACAGCCUUAUCCACAGCUCUGGGAUCAGAUCUGGGAUCAUCAGCCAGGAAUGUGGGGGGAUGGAGUGCGUCAAUCUGGACCAGCGGGACUCUGGGAACUAA